AUGGCCGCCACCGUCGCCCCCGCCUACAACGCCUCGCAUGGCCACCAGUCCGCCGUGGACGUCUCGGCUGCUUCGGCCACCGCCGCCACCACCAAGGCCUCUUCGUCCUCAUCGUCAUCGUCGCGCCCCUCGCAGCGAUCCGAACCGCAAGACCGCUUCUACGGUUACAGAGAAACUUCGGAGCUGUGUGAAAGGUUCAUCCUCUACCUCUUCGCCUGCCCACUCGACUCGACCUCGGCAUCCGCCAGUCUCGCUUCGUCCAACGGCACGCCCGCUCCGCGCCUCUCCGAGUUCAUCGCCUACGCGCUCUACAGGACGCGUCUGCCCGAGGUCGUCACCUUCCAGGCGCUCUUUCUCUUGCUGCGACUCAAGAUCCGCUUCCCCGCCGCGCGCGGCUCGUCGGGCCACCGCCUCUUCAUCUCGGCACUCAUGAUCGCCAGCAAGAGCAGUUGCGACGACACCUACUCUAACAAGAGCUGGGCCAUUGUCGGCCAAGGCCUCUUCAGCCUGCGCGAGAUCAACCAGAUGGAGCGCGAGCUCUUCGGCUACCUCGGAUACAAGGUCAACGUCUCGCCCGAGGAGCUCGAGGUGUUCACCUACGAGCUCGAGCAGGACUGCGACGGCGGCCGCAUCGACCUCGUCGUGCGCAAGAUCCUCCAACUCAUGUCGCGCCGCAACAGCAUCGACGACGCCAGCAUCGGCAUGGCGCGCGAGCGCUCCGAGAGCGUCUCGAGCGCAAAGUCGUCGGCUCCGCCCACGCCCGCGCUCGAGUCUUCGGGCUUCUCGUCGCCAUCGCUCGACUCGCACGCCGGCCCGCAGCGCGUCUCGUCGGGUCGCCACUCGCGGCAGUCGAGCGUGUCGCACUCGUUUGGCCAGCGCGCCAGCAUCUCGGGCUACGCACCUGCCACCAUGGCCAUGUCGAGCUCCACCGGCCACCUCGCCAGCGCCACCUCGACCGCCGCCGCGGCUGCCAUGCCUGCCGCCACGCCCAUGGUCAAGAGCGCCAGCCACCGCCAGGAAAGGAGCGCCACUGCACCGAGCUUCAUCCAUCCGUUCAUCAACCACGCGCGCGAGAGGUCGUGA